UGGUAAUCAACCCAUUUGAUUUUUAAUUGAUAGAGUAGUGUUAGUCUUGGUUUGCGUAGCCUAUGACUAGAAUGAUGCGAUGUGAUGUGUCAGCUGUCUGUGGAGGGUCGACGUGCUGCUGUUUGGGUAGGGACGCGCUGUUCAUGUGCCACUGGCAUCACAUGGAAGCUCGGGGGGAACUGGGAGCCUGUCAGACACAGAUUCAUAUACAACGAAGAAUGAUUUAAAGCUGUCCAAAUGUUUCUGUAUAGGUUUUAAAAGUCUAGUGAGGUUAACGCAAUAGAUCAGAAAGUCUGUUGUACUUAUUUGACUACAUCAGGAUGCAGACUGAGGACAAGAGCAAAUAUUGGUUUUCAGGACACGUGAGUCUGCCUGACGAUGUGUCCGGAGUUAGGCUCGGUCAAAGACACACGGUGCCACAUGUGUUUUUAAAGACGCUCAUGCUUGUCACUUGUGUAGAACAGUCUGAAAAGUUUCCCAGAUGUAUUUUCUUCUAUUAUGUGUAACAACGUGACUUUCUAGGUCAUUUGGGUUGGUUCCAUAUUAACCAAUCAAAAGUAUAAUAAACUUAGGAUGGCCGUGGGCUUCAUGACGCACAUCAUAUCAUUUUGCUGAAUUAGCCCAUCGGGUGUUAUCAACACAACUGGAAGGGACACCCGGACUGUGUAGGCCACAGCAUCGUGCGUAAAUCUGGGGAUUCCCUCGGGAGGACUCGUUCGUUUUUAGUGACUGUGAGAACAGAGACGUCUAAUCCAGGACGGGUCGAGGAUAAACUGCUUGGUCUGGCGAUUCAGUAGUGCAAGUAAAUGUCUCAGUCCAGUUUGAUCCAUCCAACCAACGUGGAACGACGCCGUUAACUGACUGAUGUCCAGUAAGUCGGUCUAACGGCUGCUGAGUCCAGCCAGCACCCUGCUGUGUCACUGCAACGCGUCAAACGCCCGGGGGCAGCAUAAGGCUGCAGUCUGUCAACACACUCCCAGUAAUGUGUUUGAACGGGGCAGUUAAUUCAUCACUUUCAAGAUGUACGUUUGCUUUUUUCAAUAAAGUAUCGACGAAUAAGACAGAAACACCAUCGGAGUCGGAGAAGAAGUUGAAAACCGUGCGUUGAGUGUGAAAAUAGACCCGCCUUCAUCUAUAAAUAACAGAGGCGAGCUGAAACAGGAAACCUGUGCGCUUCACCUCCUGCAGCUCACUGAUGCAUCGUUUGACACUUGGACAGGUUCCCCAGAUCAACAUCAGCCGCUUCUGAAGUCGGAGGACUCGUUUGGACAAGAUCUAGACAGAUGAGCUCUUUUUACAACGAGAAAGAUUUGGAGGAAGAGCUCAGUCGAGUCAGCUGCCCUGAUGACGAUUUGGAGUUUGACUACUUGUUUGAAUAUGAACCACCUUGCAGCGACUUUGCUGGGGGACACCAAGAUGACCCCAGCCUUGCAUCUCACAAAGUCCUCAGUCCUGGGUCUGAGCAGGCUUUUCCUUUGGGGGAGGCCUCUCCAUACGGCAUCAAGUCCUGUAGUCCCUCCUGCAGUGAACACAACACCGAAGGUCUGGCAGUAUAUGACAACCAGGAGGCCAGAAACUUCCCGGACACUAUCAGGCCUGCAGGUCUGGCUCUGAGCCCACGGAUUGAAAUCACCCACUACCGUGAGCACCCCAGCCAUGGUCGGGACUCCCUGCAGAACCACCACCUGAACAUUAGCACCCUGACUGUGCCUGGCCAUGAAAGCCUUGCCUAUCGUGAGCCUCAGUGCCUGAGUCCUGCCAGCAGCAACUCCUCCACCAGCUGGCACUCAGAGAGCUACUCCCCCUGGGCGUCUCCCUGUGUGUCUCCUAGCAGUGGCCAGAACCCCGGAGACCUCUGCCCCCGAUUACAGAACAUCCACACCGGCUCCCCGCGCACCUCCCCGGGCACCUCUCCUCACACCAGCCUAACUGAGGAGGGCUGCCUGGGACACCGCUCGCCCUCCCCCAAACCUGGCUCCCGCUCCACCUCCCCACAGGGCAAACGCACCUACGACAUGUACAGGAAUCAAGGUUUAGCCCCUGGGCACCGCUCCCGCAGUCCCUCCCCCCACAGCGGCCAUGAAGAUCACAACAUUGGUGCCCACUACACACACAGUAGUCUCGCUGAUGCCAUGAAUGGAUUUGGCACCAGUCAGCCAGGCCUGGCGCCCACUAAAAUAGUCAAGACGUCCAACCAGGUUUACACUCUGUACCCAGAGAACCACGGACAGGGAAACUACUUGGUGUCCUGCGACCAGGACAUAAAAGCCAAACCUGCAGAGCCGCUCUUUGUUAUGCCCCCACUCUGGCCCAAGCCACUGGUUUCCAGCAUCUGCAGCAGCAUCCCUGUGGCUUCUCUCCCCCCACUGGAGUGGCCAAUCCCCAGUCGCACAGACCAGUAUGAACUCCACAUUGAGGUGCAGCCCAAGCCACACCACAGAGCUCACUAUGAGACGGAGGGGAGCAGGGGUGCGGUCAAAGCCCCUACGGGAGGACAUCCAGUUGUACAGUUACAUGGCUACAGAGGCAAGGAGCCCCUUGGCCUGCAGAUCUUCAUCGGUACAGCAGACGAGCGCAUCCUCAAGCCCCAUGCCUUUUAUCAAGUCCACCGCAUCACUGGCAAGACGGUUACGACCACCAGCUAUGAGAAGAUGAUCAACGGCACCAAAGUCCUCGAGAUCCCCCUCGAGCCAAAGAACAACAUGAAAGCAAUAAUCGACUGCGCAGGGAUCCUGAAGCUGAGGAACGCCGACAUCGAGCUGAGGAAGGGCGAGACGGACGUCGGUCGGAAAAACACCCGAGUUCGCCUUGUGUUCCGUGUACACAUACCUCAGCCCGGAGGGCAGCACGUCUCUCUCCAAGCCAUCUCACAGCCCAUCGAGUGUUCCCAGCGUUCAGCGCACGAGCUUCCCAUGGUGGAGAAGCAGGACAUGGACAGUUGUUCUGUUUUUGGCGGCCAACAGAUGAUCCUGACUGGGCAGAACUUCAGCUCGGACUCCAAGGUCGUUUUUAUGGAGAAAACCCAAGAUGGGCAGCAAAUCUGGGAAAUGGAAGCAACAGUGGACAAAGACAAGAGCCAGCCUAGCAUGCUGUUUGUGGAGGUGCCGUCCUACAGAGACACGUCUGUCUGCCAUGCUGUCAAAGUGAACUUCUACGUCAUCAAUGGCAAGAGGAAGCGCAGCCAACCUCAGCACUUCACCUACACGCCACUGCCAUCUCCAUCCAUCAAGACAGAGCCUAUCGAUGAGUAUGAGGCGGACCACAUGGGCUUUGCCAUACCUCAGAUCUUAGGCUUAUCUCCUCACUCCUACUACCACACCCCACGCGGCGGCGUCCUCCACCCAGACAGUGGCCCAGUCUCCGGCAUGGUCUCCUGCCAGCGGCGCAGCCCCAGCCUUUACCAUCAGACUGGGGGGAUGAUGACUGACUCCCACCGAUCAGUCCUGGUCCACACAGGCUCCCCAGCUCAGUCUGUGGGUCCCAUCAGUGCAGGCCAGCACCCUUCUAUCAUCCAGUUCUCUCCCACUAACCACCACCCGCUUCGGGCAGGUGACCCUCAGCCUCUCACUGCUCCACAGCCUGACACCCAGCAGAUCGUCUACUGCGAUGGCUAUUCCUCUCAGGCAGCUGCCGCUCAGUCGCCCACAGCCCCCCAGGCUCAGGUGGCUGUGACCCUCCCUCAGCACUAUCCCACUGUGAUCCAGCAGCAGCCCUACGCGCAGAAGGGCCAGCAGAAGAGUCGGGCUCCCCCUGGCACGGGCCAGAUGGAGGCUCCAGGAGACGGACAGAGGAGGGUGACAGUCAAAGAGGAGAACUUGGACCAGGCCUACCUAGAUGAUGGUGAGUUGAACGAGAUCAUAAGAAAGGACCUGACGGGUGUUCAGGCCAGAGGGCAGACAUAGAGGAUGGUCCUGAGCAGGAGAUGACGACAUAUCCCCCACCACCAACACACACACACAUAUUCUUCAACCCUUCGGAUAAAGUGACGCACGUCCACCAGCAAUCAGAACUUCUCUUCCUCGUGUUCUUUACCCAGAAAGAUAGAAAUAUCAGCUCUCCGGCUGCUGUGUUUGCUUUGGAUUUUUUCCUGCAAUAAACCUUUGACGAAUGGAAGAACUCAUCUCACCCCUAACGUCACACCAGCAGCGUUCCAGUAACAGGCAAAUGUGCCUUAUUUUGUUUAUUUUCUCUUCACGAUCCAGUUCGUUUUAUAAAAGAAGAAAUAAAUCAGAUCAAUGCAAAUAAGCUCGCUACAAGAGCAUACUCUGCCCAGGUUUUACCCUCACACCAGGCGGCCUCCCACGUUUGCCACAUGCUGCUGAAUGAUGGCUAUGUAGCAGGUUCACGUGAAACACACAGAACUCGUUUUCUGAAGAAAAUGUGUCGGUCAACAGGUUAAUAAAAAAAAUAAUCAGCUCACUUACAGUGCCCAGAAAAUUGGUGCACAACAUAACGUAUGCAGCUUUACAUGAAGGAAAAACUUACAGGCUGAUCAUCUCAUUUUAAGGGCUGUUUUCUAAGUGAAGUCAAACGCACGCUGCCUUAACCAUAUACAUACAGGAACUAUUGUGCCACCUCCUAGAGUGCACUGUUUUCAGUAACAGGGAGUCAAUGUUUUUACUCUUUAUAAAAUAUUAAGUCAUGUGAAGAAUGUAUCUUUUUAUAGUCAUAAAAUAUAAAUUGCAUUAUAUUCAGGUGAAACGCCAAAGUAGCUUCACAGGAGCCGUUACUGCUACAGUGACAGGGUGGAUCUACGUUUAGAAAAUGAUUUCUAUGCUUGAUUUGACGUUGCUUUCUUCAAUCUUGCAUUUAAAGUCAUUUAGAAAACGUAUCUGAAGUCUGGCUCUUGUCAGCUGAGGUGAUAGGUUGUGUACACCCUGUGUUAAAGGUAGCAUCUUGCUUCUUUCCAAACACAUAUGAUUUGUAUGUCUCCUAAAGUGUAACAGCACCUGUGACUGUCUACCACAGUCUAAAGACAAGAUAUCCAUAACUUAGUGUGUGUGCUGUUUUGUCUACCCAUAACGACAAUCAGUAGACUCAUGGCUAAACGCUCACCUAUGCAGAAGCUUCCUGCUUGCCGCUUUAAGAGGUUUCACUACGGUAUGGACUAGUGAUGUGCUAAAACAGUUUGCUUUGAUGAAUAAAGCUGUAGAUUAAGAGAAUAUUUUUGCAGUGUUGCAAUAUUUCACUGAGUGAAUUGGAGUACAUUAAAAGUGCAAAGUGCAAGUUAUAUGAGAAAAACUCAAGCAGUAAAACACAAUAGAAGUGAAAUGUAAGACUGAAUGCCAAUGUUUGUUUGAUAAGGAGCCUUUUUGAUAGAAAAUAAGGUUAUAUUUUGUAAUAUUAAUAAGGAUAAAUGACAUUUUUGAGCCAAUAGAGCACAAUUGCAUUUGACAUUUCUCGAAUGUAAUCUAUAAUAGUUUUUCCCCUUUUCUGUAAAUAUUAGAUGUUUAGUAUUGUCCAUGUUCUGUAACGUUUGCUGCCUGUCAUGCAUCUUUGUCUUUUGUGUUUAUAAUAUACACAUUUCAGUUAUAUCUGUUUUAUUAUAAUGUAAAACCUUUUCUUAAGGGAAUUAUGACAUAUCUUCUCAAAGUACUCUUUUAAUGUUAUAUUUUGUCUAUGCAUUUAUUAUUUUAUAAUCUUUAAUAAUGAAAAAAUUAUUCAUACUGUCUUAUUUUAUUUUGUGUUGAUAGAUGCCGUGGAUUUGUUUCAUGUCUUCUAGACUUUGUGCCUCAUUAAAACGCCCGUUUCGUGCUAUUUUUGUAUCCUCAAAAGUAGCAAUAAAUAAUAAGUAUAUGCAUCUUGAUUCUCCUUGUUGUUAAUGUUUGCAGUGAAUAUGUCAAGCACAUACUCAACAACAUGUUAUUGUUCUGGGCUCGUGUCCAGCUGAGGUUCAUGUUCUUCUCACAUAGUGCUGUCAGUGUGCACAGCAGAGACUCCUCACUGUCUAUGGUGCCUGUUAGGAGAGGAAAAUUAGUCGCCUCCUAGCAGACAGUGACUCAUCAAGUGCUC